CAGAGACCUGGUCCGGUCCGGUCCGGUCCGGUCCGGUCCAUCUGGAUGCUGAUGUUCCUGUGGUCCAGUUAGAGAGGAGCAGAACCAUCAGGUGUCUGUCCUCCUGCUGAGCUUCAGAUGGAGGUUCUGUGGUUCGGUCCGGAGCUCAGCUGUUUCUGCAUGAUGAUGAUGAUGAUGAUCAUCAUCAUCAUCAUCAUCAUCAUCAUCAUCAUCAUCAUCAUCAUCCCCGAGCAGAUAUGAUUACCUCACCAGCAAACCGCGGAGUGUGGUGACGUCACAGCCGGACUGCCUUAUUUGGUCCUGCCCCGCGCAGCGUCAUCGCUAUAAAGGAGAGUUUUCCGGCGCACGGAGAGCAGAGAGAGAGAGACAGGGACCAGGACCAGGACCGGACCGGACUAUCUGGACUUUACCGAACCGGACCUGCUGAGCGGACAGGAUGAAGAUACCUCUGCUGCUGCUGCUGCUGUCCGCGCUGAGCUGCUCCGGGGCUGCAGACUCAUAUCCUCCAGCUCACAACCUCACUUGGACCUCCAUCAACUUCAAAACCCUCCUGAGCUGGGCCCCCAAACCUUCGGCCGAUUACUCCUACACCGUGGAGUUCUCUGUGUCUGGAGGAGACAGACAGAGGAUCCACCAAUGCAUCCGCUCCAACGCCACGGAGUGCGACCUGUCCCGCUCCCUGACGGAGUUGAAGUCCUGCUACACGGCCGACGUCCUGUCAGAACCGCCGCUGGGAACCACAUCGGACCUCACCGAGUUCCCUCACUCCACCUCGCCACGGUUCUGCCCCUACCAAGACACCGACAUCGGGAGGCCCGACUUCAGCCUGAACGUCAGCCAGGACCAGCAGACCACCACGCUGUACGUGAGCGACCCCCCCACCGCGCUCUUCAUCGGUGACCGCCAGUUGAACAUCAGAGACGUCUUCGCUGACGACCUGCGAUACAGAGUCAAGUACCGGAAGAAGAAGAGCAGCGGCAUAAAAACCUUGGACUCCGGCUCCAGCGUGAUCCCCAUGAGCAGUCUGGACCGCGGAGAGAGCUACUGCUUCACCGUCCAGGCCUACAUCCCCAGCCGCCGCACCGCCAAGCAGUUUGGAGAGGAGAGCGCCACCAAGUGUUCUGGAGGGGAGGAGCGGUCCAUCUUCAAAGUCUUUUCUCCGGCUGUGAUCGCUGGCGGCCUCCUGCUCAUCCCGCUGACCCUCGGCCUGAUCGUCACCGUCGCCAUCAUCUGCUGGAAGCGGAAGAGAAAAGCGGCGAAGGCUGGGAUGGAGCGGCGUCCUCUGAGGGACGCCUAGGCGUCCGCGGCGGAGCGGUGCUGGCUGAGGUUUCUGUGAAACGUUUGAACUCAGCUUCAGCAGCUUCAGGUUCUGUCUGACAGCGGUACGUCUGACCGGGUUCCACCCAACCUCAAUCUGGACUGGCUGGUUUCCAUGGCGAUAGAGAAGCUGGGAUCAUAUUAUUUUUUUACUAAUGGAAUAUUUUCUACCUGCUGUUUAAUUUAUUGUGGCUUCUGGUGGGGUGAUUUUAUAGAUGUUUGAAUCAAACUAACUUUUUAUGGAUCCUGAUGUUCUGCUUUGAUCUGAAUCAAUAAAGAU